ACAAGCACAACCUUGAAAAUCUGAAGAGCACACGAAGCCCUAAUUAACCAAAACCUCCGCCGCCGCCGCCAUGGCCGCCGCGGUCGCCGCCUCCCCGGCGCAAUCCCGCAAGACGGAGACCUACACCGACACCAAGCGCCGCGACGACGUCCGCGGCCUCAACAUUGCCGCGGGGCGCGCCGUCGCCGCCGCCGCGCGCACCUCCCUCGGCCCACGCGGCAUGGACAAGAUGAUCUCCUCCAGCUCCUCCGGCGGCGACCAGGCCGUCAUCAUCACCAACGACGGCGCCACCAUCCUCUCCCGCAUGCCCCUCCUCCAGCCGGCCGCCCGCAUGCUCGCCGACCUCUCCCGCUCCCAGGACGCCGCCGCCGGGGACGGCACCACCACCGUCGUCGUCCUCGCCGGGUCCCUCCUCCGCCGCGCCCAGUCCCUCCUCUCCGCCGGCGCCCACCCCACCGCGGCCGCCGACGCCCUCCACCUCCUCGCCGCGCGCGCCGUGGAGGUCCUCCACGGCAUGGCCAUCCCCGUCGAGCUCUCCGACCGCGACGCCCUCGUCAAGUCGGCAUCCACCGCCCUCAACUCCAAGGUCGUCUCCCAGUACUCCACCCUCCUCUCCCCGCUCGCCGUCGACGCCGCCCUCGCCGUCGUCGACCCGGCCCACCCGUAUCUCCUCGACCUCCGCGACAUCCGCGUGGUGAAGAAGCUCGGCUGCACGGUCGACGACACCGAGCUCAUCCGCGGCCUCGUCCUCAACAAGAAGGCCAGCCAUGUCGCCGGAGGGCCAACUCGGAUCGGGGACGCCAAGAUCGCCGUGAUCCAGUUCCAGGUCUCGCCUCCCAAGACGGACAUCGAGCACAGCGUCGUCGUGUCGGAUUACGCGCAGAUGGAUCGAAUCCUCCGCGAGGAGCGGAAUUACAUCCUUGGCAUGGUGAAGAAGAUCAAGGCAUCCGGAUGCAACGUCCUGCUCAUCCAGAAAAGCAUCCUGCGUGAUUCAGUCACCGAUCUGUCGCUCCAUUAUCUCGCAAAGGCCAAGAUCAUGGUCGUGAAGGAUGUCGAGAGGGACGAGAUCGAGUUCAUCACCAAGACCCUCAACUGCAUGCCAAUUGCUAGCAUCGAACAUCUCCGCGAGGACAAGCUUGGUCAUGCACAUCUGGUUGAGGAAAUCUCGGUUGGUGAUGGUAACAAUAACAAGAUUGUCAAGAUCACUGGCAUCAAGAACAUGGGAAGAACAGCAACUGUUCUUGUCCGGGGAUCCAACCAGAUGGUGAUCGACGAAGCUCAGCGCAGCCUCCACGACGCAUUCUGUGUGAUCAGGUGCUUGGUGAACAAGAGGUUUCUGAUCGCUGGUGGUGGUGCUCCUGAGAUCGAGAUGUCGAUGCAGCUGGCUGCUUGGGCGAAGGAGCUGAGAGGGAUGGAGAGUUACUGCGUCAGGGAGUUCGCCGAGGCGCUCGAGGUCAUCCCUUACACGUUGGCAGAGAAUGCAGGGCUCGAUCCCAUCUCCACUGUCACCGAGCUCCGGAAUCGCCAUGCCAAGGGCGAGAAGAACGCCGGGAUCAACGUGAGGAAGGGUCGGAUCACGAACAUCCUGGAGGAGAAUGUCGUGCAGCCACUGCUGGUGAGCACGAGCGCCGUCACGCUGGCCUGCGAGUGUGUUAGGAUGAUACUGAAGAUUGAUGAUAUUGUCACCGUGAGGUAAGGUUAAUUAAUUAUGUGGUGGCUGACCGUGCUGGCCUCUGCUCUAUUUUGUCUGUCAUGUUAUUUAGGAGAUUUGAUAUUUUGACACCUUCUAAAGUGGCACGCUUUCGUUGAUUCAGAUGGUUCGAAAUAUCAUGCAUUCUCACAACUGUCAAUAAAAUCAAAUUGGUACAAAUAAAGUGUCAAACCAUCAAAUUUGGGUUUUACAAUUUUA